AUGUUUGCAGUUCAUUUAUUAGAUGCUCUUGCGGAGGCGGCGGUUUUGCUGAUCUUUGACAUGGCGCCCACAUGUACGAGCAGCGAUGAUGAUGAUGAUGUCCGCCUUACGAGCGCCUGCAUUACUUCUGUGAACAGCGCCAACUCAUUGGAUUCUCUCGUGCUGCGGGGUUGUGUGAAUCUAAACCGUUCCGACACGGCCAGCAACAACAACAACUCCUUAAGUCCCCCACCAACAUCGUCUAUGGAUGAAAGCAGCUUUGUGCACAUGACAAUGGAGGAACUUCAGACCAUGUCGUUUGAUCCUGUGCACACAUCCCGCGGCCGCAGCGGCGGUACGGCGCGUAGAAACAGCAGCUGCAGUACACUUUCAAGUUGGACCGCCGCAGGAGAAAUGUCUCGUGUUUGA